AUGCAGCCCGCGGGCGGUCUGGGAGGAGGUCCGGUCGGGGAGGUGCAGGGCCCCCGGUUCGCGUCUCUUCGGCGACGCGGGGGCUGUCAAGGCUCUCUCCGGUGCCCCUGGGUUCUUUUGUCCUACGCGCGGUGCGCCGGAGCCGGCCGGGAGGGAGCAGGGGAUGGGGGUGGGGUGUUUGGAGCGACGCGGAGGUCUGCGAGGCGCCAGGGCGGGAAAAGCUUGCCCCGAACCAGUAGGGAUGUGCAAGAAUUUUAUCUCACCCUGAGGAGCGAAGUGGAGGCUUUUGCUCUGGUCUCAACGAGCAAACCAGCGCUCAGAUCGCUCUUCAGACAAAGGUGGCGCGGGGACCCGAAUCUGGGGCCUCUAGGACCAGCCCUCUCGCCCGGACUACUGCAGUCCUCCUUUUCCUUCCAUUUCCCCACCCCCUCCCAGCCCGCGGCCCUAGUUGAGCAACUUUACUGGCGGGUCUUGCGGCGGCGGAGAGCGAGUGGCGGCAGCUCCGGGGGACGCCCUCGGCUGGAGCGCCCCACCUCCCUGCGGAGGCGUGGGCGCCGCCGGUCUACAUCCCUGCUGCGCCGUAGCAAGUCCUGCAAGUCCCCAGGAGAUGCUACGGGAGGGAGGAGAAAUCUACGCGGCGCCUGGAGAGCUGUCCCGCGGUGCGCACACCCACAGGCGGAAGGACAGUCUCGCUAUCUGUGUCCGUUCCUCAUCUUUGUCUCUCCCUCUCUGUCUCCAUCUUCUCUGCCUCUCUUCCCCUCUUCCAGCCUCUGCUUGGUCUCUUUCGCUCCUGCGUCCCCUCCCCCCACGGCUGACAAAUGAAUGGCUAGUGUGAAAUCCCUGCCUCCUCUGUCCGCGGAGGCUGGCAAGGAGGGAGGAGCGAGGGAGGCGGUGCGCUCCUUCGGAUCUACCCCCACUUGCUGUGCUUCGAGCUUGCAGAACCCAGAUGUCUAGGAAUAGGGAGUUUCUUGGUGGGUGUGGGCGCCCCCUGAUGGAGAAAUGCAGCACAUGUGGAGGACAACGAGCGCCCCGCCACCCCAAACCAAAUGAGCCGCUUUCACAGCCAUGUAUUCAAGGAUGGAGCACCCUAGCUUCCCCUUCAGUUGUUAGUGUUCUACUUCGGAAUCUGCGACGUAAAUCUAGGGGUUUGGAGGGCCCAGGAAGGAGACUUGUCUUUAAGGGCCGAAGCGCCUUCUCCCGAGUCAGCUGGGACAUGCGCGGCACUCUGGGCCAAGCCUGCAGUUUGGUGGACUAACGCACGUGGCCAAGGGAGGAUCCAGGUCUCGGAGGGCUUGGCGCUCAAUCUUGGACGUCACUUUAAGAAAGAUCAUACAGAAUGCCUUACUUUUGGAAAUUUUAUUAAGGCCCACGACCACUCGAACCCAAAGCUAGGGCCCCGCCCCAGACCAUUGCCUAAGAAGGGACCCUAAUCCAACAUUUAAAUUUCCUCAAUUUCACAACACUCGCCGAACGUGGAAAUUUGGGAGGAGGGCGCCGCGAGGAAAAAGGAGAAAAGGGAAGGAAAGGGACGGUGGAGAGAAAGGGAAGAAGAAAGGAACAGAGACGGGGCACAUGCAAACAGCCGGGAGCGGACCGGCCGGGUUCCUUUCAAGGUUUUGGACUAAAUUUCGCGUCUCCUUUUAAGCCAUUGUUUAAAUCCCCAAAGCGAUAACAAACCCUACUGAAGCGGCGUGCUGGGAGGGAAGGCGGAGGAACUAGACCCUUAGAGAGGCUGGGGCGGGGGGCAUCUCUCCACUCCUCAGCCCGCGCGAAGAGAAGAACCGCACCGGGCGCUUCCCGCAGCGCCGGGGCUCAUCAGCCGCCGCCACGUGGGCUGGGGCUUCAGCUCCCGGCCCGAGACGGGUGUGACUUCUUGGGCUCGGAGACAGCUGCACUACGGGACCGGCAGUCGCUCUGCGCAGAGGCUGGCGGGGCGCCGCCUGGGUCCCCGCCCAGAGGCCAGUGGGGGCGUGGCUUUAGUCCUUCCGCGGGACAGGGGCGGGGCGGGGAGAGCGGAGCGGCGGCGCACCCAGCGCUUAGGCUCCGGGAGGCUGCUGGAGCCGACCAGACUUCUAUCCUGACGGCGCUAAACACUCUUAUUAAAUAAAAAACCAUCUGAAUUUUUUUUGCCUUGCUUCUUGGGAGUGGUAGGAGGAGUUUUCCCCUUGCGACAGAAAAGAAGUAAAGAUUUACUCCAAGCAAACAUUUUUGGCAGAAAUAUGAGACGAGUUUAUCCUGUGAUCCAUAUAUUGACUUUAAAGAUCACUUUUAGUCAAUUACAGGAUAAUCACCUUCCAUACGUCCUAAAGAGUUCGUCUAGCAUGGCAAACAAUUGCCAUUGAAAGGACUGAUAGAUUCCAUGAGCGCAAACCUUAGGGGCUGUGAGUGUAACUCUGGUCCCUUUGCAUGAGGAGCUUUAGCUCGGGCCCGGCCCAUAGUGGGAGCUCAGCUCAUAUUUAUGAAAUGACUGAGCUAGUGACUUGGGGGAAUGCGGCCCAGAGUUGAUGCCGCCACUUAGUGCUACAUUUUAGACUCUCCUACUUCUUCGCUUUAUCUUGGAAGAACAGAGUUUUAAUGAUCUAUUCCAUCUCCAAUUCUGACAUCUAAUUGAUCCCCUUUCCCUUCCUUUUUGACUCCUAAAAGCUGUGACCUAAAUUCUUUUAAACACUGCUUGGCAAUUGUGCCAACCCUACAGUGAAAAUAUUCCUCUAAAGACCUAAAAUGGGAUGUUUUGAGUCUAAUAUAAAAAUAGGAAGGCGUCAAUGGAAGCAACAACUAGUUUUCUGAGAUAAAAUCUGUGCCAGUUUGGGGAGUAUGUAACCUGGGAUGUGAGGGCAUAUCAAGCAGAAGGUCUCGGAGGCUGACUUCAGGUUCUGAGUUCUAUGUGAAAAAAGGAAGAUUUUACAAUUGUAUGUGCCUGUCCCAACUAAACUGCAAAGGGUUCCACGGAUUCCAAAGUGGCUGAGCAAUUACUUGCUCCAGCAGGAAGUCCACAGUCCUUCAUCUUGUGGGUGGUGGGAAGAGGGAGGAGAUUCAAGAAAUUUGCUAAAGAUUUGUGUAAGAAUUCAAAGUUUCGCUUUGUUUUCCUUAGUAGAUAAAAUAUAUAUAUAUAUAUAAAGUUAGCCCUAAAUUGUAUUUCCUGCUUUUAAUUUCAAGUUUAAAAAGAUUUAACUUUAAUUCAAAUUUAAAGUUUGAAAAGAAUCCCCCUAGAUUUAUAUAUGUUUACAAACAUAGGUUUCUUCUUUUUCCCUGUGCCUACAAACUGGAAGGAAAUACCUGUGCUAUCCUAAGAUACCUAUAUCUGCACCCUUGUAAAUUGUUUGGAAAGGACCUAAAAAGUUAAUUUAAGGCUGAAUAUGAUUAAUGUUAAAGAUAUAGUCAUUGUUCUUUCUUUCUUCACAUUAUUACUCUUAAAUACUUUGUGGUUAAUGAUUGGUCAGUAAUUGAACAUCAGAGCCUUUGAGAGCACAAAGAUCAACCAACACUGUCACCCAACAGCCAUAUAACUAAGCUCUUUUUGCCUAGUGGGAUUCAAACAUUUUUAUUGACUUUAUUCAUGGACAAACAUCACUAGAUACUGUAUUUAAAAUGGGAUAUUGCCCUGUGACUGAACAGAACUUCUCCAGACCCAUGGUUCUUUUGAGGAAGAGAAUGAAUGACUGUAGUAGGCUAUUAUUCCACCACCCACCUAGAGAAACCAGUUAGGACUCACAAAUACUCAUUGUUGGGGGUUACUGGCUCUGGUACGAGAAAACAUGCUGAUUGUUGCAUAGGUCUGUACUUUACCAGAAAACACAAGGCCCGUACUCUCUCUGAUUUGGAAUCAGAACAAGGAGAAGUAGAGAUAAAUGUCUUGGCCAAGCUCCACUUCAGUUAGUGAACGUUUGCCAGUUUCCUCUGGUAGCCUAAAUGUGGUUAAUUACUUAUAUAUACAUUUAUACAUUUAUAUUAUGUAUAUGUUCUCCAGGGUAUUUGGCUGCCAUGUUCUUAUCACUGAAUGUGCCAGGGGUGGUUCUAUUUCAGUGGUCAGUGCAAAGCAUCUUUAUCUAAUGUUGCUUGUUUGUUGUGUUUCCCUGAAAUGCCUCUGGAUAG